AUGAAAAUUUCAAGCCUAAGAAGUUUUGACAGCUGUCACUCUAAUGGACUCGAACCCGAGCGUCUAGCUGGGGAACUGGAAAGCAGAGGUUUCCGCACGGUAGAUUCUUUGAAAUACAUAAAGUCGUCGGAUCUCGAUGUCCUGUUUCCUUCACCUCACAAAUUGCUGAUGGCGGAGAAACGAAUCAUCGAAAGUGAAAUAGAGAAGGCGAAGAGCCUGAAGAGAGGACAGUUACCACCACGAGAGCUUUUUCCCGCUUUACCCUGCGGGAGAAUGUUUGGUCGCUGGGAAAGGGGUGAAGAAUUUAGAAAGGACUUCAUAGAUCUAUCAGUGUCGAAGGCCUUUUUUCCCAAUGUACCCACAAUGGCUCUAACGGCAACAGCACCACCUCAUUUAUUGAGGGAUUUGAAGCAAAGGCUACGUUUAAAAAAUUGGUGUAAAAUUGUUGUGCAAAACCCCAACCGGGUAAACAUAUACCUGAAUAAGAAAGUGCGCCUGAGUAAUCACCAUGGGAAUGAAGUUUAUGAUCGAAUCCUUGGACCCACUGCCCAUGAACUAACAAUUCAGAGAGAAAACUACCCAAUGACAAUUGUCUACCUAAAACUGAAAAACUGUGGAUAUGCUUAUGGAUCAUUUGAAAGAAUAUUGGGAGACAAGCAGUAUGUUGGAGAAACUUCAGAACCCCCUGCAAGACUGUUUGCUCAAUUUCAUGCCCCCCAGACAAGUCGCAUGAAGAAAGAUAUACUAUCAGGAAUAAAGAAUGAAAAUCCGAGGAUGAGGGUGCUCUUUGCAACAUCAGCACUUGGCAUGGGGGUUCAUGCUCCUUAUGUGGUCAACAUUAUUCACAUAACACCACCAAGUAGCCUUGAAGCAUACAUACAAAAAAUUGGUCGUGCUGGUCGCACAGGACUUUCAUCGUAUGCUACACUUUACUACAAUAAUUACGAUAUCGGAAAUAAUAUGAAACAUGUGGAAGAAUCAAUGAAAACUUAUUGCAAAUCACAAGAAACCUGUCAGAGGAAACUUCUUCUGGAUUACUUUGGAUUCUCCAGUGUUCAAUAA